AUGAGUCUCGAGGCAUCACUUGAUGAAGAGAACAGAGAAGUCCUGGCAGCUCUCGAUCGCAGAAGAGCUAGUAGUCCCUUACCCAGAGUCAGAGGGUUACGAAUUGCUACGCCUCCUCCGCCUGUUCGAAGCAUGCUUGAUGUCGACUCGCCCACACCCAGACACGGCUCAAUUGCAGGUAUUGGCGUAGGCAUUACAAGUCCCGAUCCAUCCAGAAGAUCUACCAAGCUCGACCCCUCCAAUCCUUCCACCUAUACCUCUGCGCAUUCGAGCAAAUCGAACUCUCCAGUCCUCACAAAGAGCCAACCAGCGUACGGACGAGCGCGAACAUCCUCAGAGGCCGACGGGCCUGUAGGUCUCCCAAAAAUAGCAGCGGAAGAAAAGCGGGCAUUUGAACAGAGCUACCAAUUUGAUAUGGCUUCCAUACCUUCCAGCGCAAGAUCUUCGGCGCGGUCACCCGCAGAAUCCAAGAGACCACGCGAGGGAUCCGUCACUGCCAUGCAAGCAGCCAUGACGGGAGACUUCGCCUCUCUCAACGUUGGUUUACCCGCUGGAGGAAGUGGAAGACACAAUUCAACCGUUACCAGCGGCACGCAUUCGAGAUCGCCGUCUUCAAGAAUCCGAAUUGCCGAACCAUCGAAGCCAGGAUUCCUCAGUCCCACAAAAGCCUCGGCUCCCUUGACGACGAAAGCUGGGACUGUGGUAGAUGACCAAGCCCACCGGCGACUAUCCAACAAGUCCAGCAGCUUCUCGACCAUAACGGAUGACUCGGAAAAAGGUGCUGGCCGUGUGGCCAAGGAUGAGGUGGCGGAAGAAGACGCUGUAGCCGACAGCAGUGACGAAGAUAUCAUGUCUCCCAGUAGUGAUGAAGACGAGACUAGAGGUCGGUCAGGGAGACGGAAAACUUCGGACGUUGAGGCUGAGAAAACAAAAUCUCCUAGCCCAAAUGGCACAGCCUCGCCCGAGGUCGAGAUUAAGUCUCCCCCAGUUCAACAUCCUGUCAAGUCGCUCCUCGAGCCCUCCAUUUCCGUCACCAGUCCUACAGGGGAGAAGGUUACCGAAGGGAAAGCGCAAGUGCAUCCAUCCAACAACUUCGCCAGUUCACCCUCUGUCGUAUCUGCCGAUGACGAAGAUGACGAGUUGGCAGCCAUCAGAAAGGCGAAGACGCUUGCACUGAACAUCUCUCCCUUGGAUUCCACGGUGACUGACCGGCAUGUUCGCAUCAUCUUGAGAGGUAACUGGUCUCAAUUCGACCAAGAGGCCAAAGAAGGGGAAAGACACAACAGGACCUACCUUGUCUGUAGCGAUCUGAGCGUUGAGGCAAGUUAUGCUCUGGAAUGGGUGGUUGGCACCAUGUUGCGAGACGGCGACACAAUUCUGGCCAUUUAUGCUAUUGAGGAUGAAAGUGCUGGAAAGGCCACCGAGGCCGACCGAGAGGUUCUCCAAGCCGAGGGUGUCCAAGCAGGCAAAGAUGCGUCCGACAUCAUGCAACGUCUUACUCGACAAACCACCCAAGGCGGCGGAACCAGUUUCGGAAUGGGCACUACCAACAAAUACGUUCCAGCAACCGAAUUGCAGAGUCUGACAGGUUCGGUAGAUGCCAGGAGUGUUAGCAAGAGAGAAAUGGAACGAUUGCGGGCUGUCGAUGAAAUCACCCAGAACUUUUUGAAAUUCGUCCGCAAGACCACGUUGCAAGUGAGGUGUAUGGUUGAGGUCAUUCAUUGCAAGAGUCCCAAACAUUUGAUUCUUGGUGCGAUUGACGAACUUGAACCGACCCUCUGCGUCGUGGGCACCCGUGGCCGCAGUUCUCUGAGAGGCGUGUUGUUAGGAUCCUUCUCGAACUACCUCGUCACCAAGUCAUCUGUGCCUGUCAUGGUGGCUCGGAAGAGACUGAAGAAACCUCGAUCGGGGAUUCGAGUCAGCAGCACUAAGAUCCGCCUUUCGAAUAAUCUGACAGCCAGUAACAUGCCUACGAAGAGAAGAAGUUUGACACAAGCCAGGAUCGAUUGA